AUGGGGCUUUUCAGCAAGAAGAGCAGCAAUAAGAUUCCGCCCGCGGAGUCGGCGCCGCCUCCUCAAUCGAAUGCGCCCGGCAGGUACGGUUCUCAGGGUGGCGGUGCAGGUCCUUCAGGACAACGUACAGGAGCUGGAUACGGUGGUCCUGGCGGUGCCGGCUAUUCCGAUGCAGCGUCACCUCAAGCCGGAUACGGUCAGCAACAGUAUGGAGGUGCUCCAGUCUACCAAGAUCGAUUUGCCAAUGCACGAGCACCAGGCGCAGGCUUUGGCUCCUGCUAUGAUCAGUACGCCGGCUCCGGUGGCACUAACAAGUCCGCGAACCUGUCGCGCAGCGUCAAGAUCAGCGCUGGUGAAGAAGACGAUCUCCAGGCUGAGUAUGGUCGAGGCAGCGGACAAGGAGAUGCAUCCGCAUCGAGAGGAUACGAUGGACUUGAGCAGCAGCAGGAGCAGAGAGACGAAGAGGACGAUGAGGUUGAAGCCAUCAAGCAGCAGAUGCGAUUCACCAAACAGGAAUCCCUUUCUUCGACCAGAAAUGCAGUGCGUAUAGCUCGCGAAGCCGAAGAGACCGCCACCAACACCAUGUUCAAGCUCUCAGACCAGUCUGAGAAGAUUGGCAACACCGAACGCUCGCUCGAUCUGGCCAAGGCACAUGCCUCUCGCGCUGAAGACAAUACCAAGGAGAUUGUCGCACUCAACCGCUCCAUCUUCCGUCCAAACAUGCAAUUCAACAAGAAGGGCAAGCGCGACGCCGAAGAAGCUCGCAUCAUUGCUCGUCACAUUGAAGAGCGUGAAGAGCGUGAAGCUGUCCGUCGUGACGUCACUUCCGCCCAAUCCAGACUCGAUGCUAGUAUGAAUGGUCCAGGCACGGGCAAAGCAAGUUUUGGUCGUUUUGGUCAGGAUCGCUUCGGUUCGGGUAAGAAGGCCGAAGAAGCAGCUCAACGCAACAAGGUCGCUCAGCGCGGUCGUUAUCAGUUUGAAGCAACGGAGUCGGAUGACGAGCUCGAGGAUGAGCUGGAUCAGAACUUGGACGAGAUUGGAAUGCUGAGUUCCAGGCUCAAUCAGCUGGGUAAGGCGAUGGGUCAGGAAGUCGACAGCCAGAAUGCGAGGCUACAAAGGAUCGGCGACAAGGCCACAACCCUCGACACGAAGAUCUUUUCCGGUACACAACGGCUUGGCAACAUCAAGUAA